AUGGAUUUCUUAGAUUUAUCUCGACAUCUAUUUUUAUCAUUUAUUAAAAGAUCGGCUCCUGUCGUACCAGUCGAUGCACCAUCGGCUAUUGGCGUUCUUUCACUUGCUACUGCAGCAAUACCACCAACGAUACCAACAACCUUAUCAAGUGGUCCAUCAUCAACAUCAACAACAAUAGGAUCAAUAACAACAAGUCGAACAUUUGAAAUUGCUGAUAAAUUAUCCAGUUCUUCAUUUUUACCUGAUAAAUUCUUACGACAAAAACGAAAUCUUGCUAAUUUUACUGAUAAUAUCAGCGCAACUGGAUCUAACGAUCCAAAAACUCGGAGGAGUAUAUUUCAACCUAGAAAAGGAAGUCUUAUCCAUCGAGAUAAUUCACAUAAUCAACAUUAUGAUUCACCUUGA